UGCAUUAAAUAUAUUUCCACAAAUUUUGAAGGCAUUUUAGUGCUUCUUUACGGGUCUACCAAAAAAUGGUGGGUCCUGAUGGGUUUUCUCCCAAAAGAGUCUGAAAAAUGUGUGAAAACAUAUAUAUUGCAUUCUGAAGUACCCAUUUGAAAUGAUGGGCGUGAUGAGCACUGUUGUGUUCCAUUGUGCGGCCACCUUCUCACCAUGGCUUCACAAAUUGGCAACUGCACGAUUUUAAGUCCAAUUUGGGACAUAUUCCCGUACUGGGCCAAGGAAUCCGGACUUUCCCUAACACCUGGACUUUAAAUGUAACAGAAGAUAACGUGAAUAAGUAGAAGACCGAGGUCGUUUGAUCUUGAGAAAGAUCUCCUUCUCCUGAGCCGCCUGAGAAAGUCCCCUGCGCGUAAGGUUUCAAGUUAGGCCGCCACCGCAUCGUACGAACAUACAGUGUUUGCGCGAUAUUUUCUUAUUGUGAAUUAAUUGAUUCACGCUCAACUUUUCUUAGAAAUCUAGAAAAUUUCUUGAUUGUUUAACGGAAACCUGGUUUUAUCAUUUUCUGUUGCGAAAUGGUCAAGGUUUGUACAGUAAGACCAUGCAUAGCAUGCAGAAGUUGGCACGAUUAUUCGCACCGGCGCCGGCGCGUUGGUUUGUUUUGUUUUCGUCGGCUCUCUCGUAGCAGACGAAUUUUUGUUAACCACUUUCGCGGUCGUUGUGAACUAUUCGGCAAGGUGGAUUCGUAAAUCCGAUAUUUGAUUCAUGGUGUGAACACCUGCAACAAUCAUGUCUGAUACUAGCAUCAACUCUAUUUUCAUCGGAGAGGUAGCAUCGGUUCAAACUUAUGGAGCCUUUGUCAAAAUACCUGGUGGUCCUCACCAGGGGUUGGUCCAUCGCAGUCAGAUUUCCAAAGUGCAUGUUCCUGAAGUAUCAGAUGUCUUAGCCAAAGGUGAUCGUGUAUGGUGCAAAAUUAUCAGCACAACUGAUGAUGGAAAAAUUGCACUUUCCAUGAAAGUUGUUGAUCAAGGAAGUGGAAAAGAUUUGGAUCCAAAUGGAGUUCAGAUCAAGCUUGAUGAACAGAAGCGCAAGGAAUGGGCCCCUGGUGAUAAACGGAAAACAAUUUCACUCGAUGCAGUUUUCAACACCACUUGUAGUAAAUGUGGCACACGAGGACAUUUAGGAAAAGACUGCUUUCAGGUUAAAGGUGGCAAAACAUAUGAUCUCAUUCCAGAGCAGGAUGAUUUGGCAAGCACUCAUCGUGGUAAGACUGAGAGUGCUACACAGUCAGUAGAACUAGAUGACAAAAAAGAAAGAAAAAAAGAAAAAAAGUUGGCAAAAAAGGAGAAGAAAGAAGCCAAGAAAAGAAAGAAAGCUGCAAAAAAAUUAAAGAAGAAAUUGAAAAAAGAAGCAAAGAAGGCUAAGAAGCUUAAGUCAAAGAAAAAGAAGAAACAUUCAUCUUCUGAUAGUUCAUCUGACUCUUCAAGUUCUUCAUCCUCUUCUGACGACAACAGUGACUCUGAUAAGGAUUCACAUUCAAAGGAAAAGUCUCAGAAGCAAAGUUAUUCCUCUCAUGAUAGCCAUACAAGAAGAUCAAGAUCACGAUCACCUAUCAGGGAUGUGAAAAGGCCAAGAAAUGAUUCUCAUUCUUCAUUGGAAGAUAGAAGAAGAUCUAGAAAAUGACACCCAUACGUACCUUAAUUUUCAUCAAUCAGACGGGUGAAUUUCUUUCUUCAAAACUCGAAUACGCGACCAGAUCUCAUCCCAGUCUAAGUAUCCACCAAUAACAUGUCUUACUACAUUUCCAGUAUCCUCAUAUUUUCUUCGUCCAUGUAGUAGCCUAAUGUUAUCAAAUGUCAAUACUUCACCUGUUGGGCAGAUGUAUUGUUAUUUAUUUAGUACUCUAGUUUUGCUACAGUG